AUGUUGGGGACUGGAGAAGGGUAUGCCAGUGCGGAUCGUAAUCUGGACUUGGCUCUUAAGCGCAACAAGGAUCGCCGCGAGCAGGAGUCCGUUUAUUUCAGCCUUUAUGGCCGCAUUGAGGUGCAUGAAUGGCUGCUGAAGGACACUGUCCGAAUGAAGGCAUAUCGCGAGGCCAUCCUCCUCAACGAGUUCUUCAAGCACAAGACUGUGUUGGACGUGGGCUGCGGCAUGGGUGUCCUUUCGAUGUUUGCAGCCAAGGCGGGAUCUAAGAAGGUCUUUGCCGUGGAUGCGGCCACCAUUACGGACCUCGCCCAUCGGAUAGUGCAGGACAAUGGGUACGGAAGUGUUAUAUCUGUGAUUCACGGAAAAGUGGAGGACAUUGAGCUGCCUUCCGACAUCGAUAAGGUGGACAUCAUUGUGUGCGACUGGAUGGGCCACUGCCUGUUUGCGGAGAAUAUGCUGGACUCGCUAAUAUUUGCGCGGGACAAGUGGCUGUCCGCCGGAGGGCACAUCUUUCCGGACACGGCCCAGCUUUAUCUGGCGGCCAUCAAGGGGCUGGACCAGGAUCUUGGCUUCUGGCACGAUGUGCACGGCUUCGACCUGUCGGCCAUCCGCCGCAAAUGUGAAUCGAAGGCGGUGGUGGAGCACGUGACCGCCGGCCAGGUGAUGAGCAAGGUGUGCCUGGUCAAAUCGCUGGAUCUUUAUACCGCGUGCCGCCAAUCCGCCAACUUUCGAUUCUUCUACGAGUUGAAGGUCACCCGAAAUGGUUGGGUUCAUGCCCUGGUGGCCUACUUCGAUGUGGGCUUCAGCAAGAGUCCGCAUAGGAUUAGCUUUAGCACGUCGCCCAGUGCUCCCUGGACACACUGGAACCAGACUGUGUUCUACCUGGAGACCCCACUGCCAGUGAAGUCGGGCGAGGUCAUCAAGGGCGUGUUCGCCAUGAAACCCAGCGAGCACAGCAUCUUCGACCUGGAGUUCGACAUCUACUUGGACUUCGAGGGCAGGGAGAAGUAUGUGACCAUCCAGCAAUCCUUCGUCCUCUCCAACUCCUUCACACUGUGCGGCCUCUAGAGGAGAGCUCCUCGGCAGGGAGAACGCCACACAAAAUAUCAUCGGAUCACAAUAAAAAGAACGACCAGUAAAAUAAAGCAAA